GGUUACUAGUAGCCUAUACGAUGAAAUGGAGAUUCUGUCGACCAAAGCUGGCGGAUGUGAAGAAUUUCUUUACCCCGCACCCUGACACUCUACCUGUCGAGGGAGUACACCCAGUAUUCCACGAGAAAUGGAUAGAGACUGGCUAUCGUGUGCCCUACAGACCCUGGUCGUACUACUUAGGUAGUUUGGUCACCUUCCAUGUUGAAACCUUCAACAUCUGGACACACCUUAUUGGUGCAUUGAUUGUAGCCUACCACGCCUAUGGGUACGCCACCACGACAACUGAUACAGGAUGUACCCUGUUCAUGGUUUCAGGUUUUUGUGGAGUCUACGCUCAUUUAGCGAGUGUAGGUGCUCACUGGUUCUGCUCCAAAUCUCCUACCGUCUAUAAGCGUGUCUUCCUCUUCGACUACGGUGGAGUAUCAGUGUAUAACUUCUCCUGUCACGUGCUGAUGUUCUACACAACAUACGACUCGCGAUUCGUCCAAUUUUGGGGAGCGUACGCCAUCCCUUUUGUUGUGAUUUUGAAUGCAUCUGUCUGCUUUUUGCUCUCAUACGGUGCAAGCUUUACAACACGGUCCAUCAUAGUAAAGAACGUUGUGAAUGUCCUGUCGAUAGGAACAACAGUGUCAAUUGGAUGUGCCGCUAUGCAGAUGAGGGCGUGGCACCGACUGGCGACAAGGGACUGCCAAGACUGUGACCUAGAGGAACACAUCCUCUUCCUGAUUCUCCUUCAUGGCGUUGUCGCGGUUCUCUCGGCCGUUUCCUUCAUUGCACUCAUGCCAGAGCGUUGCUCACGACGAACCUUCGACAUCCUCGGCCAAAGCCAUCAAAUCUUCCAUAUAUGCGUCACGCUGCAGACACUGUUAACUAUGCGAAUCGGAUACCUAGAUAUCAAAUUAGGCUACAGGACACAUGAAGAAGUCGACACACUAAAUGCCUUUGGUUCAGUUUGGUGGGCUGUGCUCGCCAUGUUUUUACUGAGUUGGUUAUUCACUGCAUGCUUCAUGCCCUAUGUCUACGUUCGUGUUUCCCGGGACAAAGGAAACGGUAGUUUGAAGAUGAAGUAAGGAUCAUUCGUUAUUCAUGGUACUAUGGGUUUGCUGUAUUAGGACGACUAAGGAUAACAUGGAUGGACUACAUUAAAGACUGGACUUAUAAAUACCUCACAACGCCUCAACUCAUCAGGAAGGCUGAAAACCUAUCUUCUUGGGUAUGCAUCACUGCCACAUGCUGCUAUGGCGCCCCUACCAUCUUAGGUCAUAGUACAUGUAGUAGAAGCAAGGUGCUUUUCAAUUGUCUGACAUUGUAUUGUUCUGCACCUCUCAAAUGCUGGCUGUGUAGUAAUUAGACCGACGAAUCGACCCUAUGUCGUAGUUGGUUACCAUGGUUCUGUAGACGCUUGGAUUAUUCGAUAGACAUAAUGUGUUAAGAUGGUCCAUCUGAUUGGAGUGGCAAAAGAUCUUUAGCACAAGCUGUCACUCCCUCGGAUUGAGCUAAUUGACUUUUGCUCACACUGAUACCGAAAGGUCACCAUCUUGCGCUAUCUUCUUAAAGCCAAUAAACCUAUAAGCAGGACAUUCGGCCAAUUUCUUUGGUGGCAGACGUACCUUAGAAGUCGGCAACGGCAGGUCUUACAGCAGACAUCCGAACCGUCUCAAUUUUAUUGAACAACCAAUUAUUGGUCAAUCCUUUCCCCAACAGUCACGUUCAAGGAUUAUCUCCACCAAGUUUACUGUGAUGAGCAAUUGGAUACAAAAGAAGAUUUAGAAGAUGCUUUCAGAAAGUAUCGGUUCUGCAAAGUCUGUUCCCGGUGGUACCUGGAUGUUCAUGUUAGGAUGAAAACAGUAGUGAUGUUCUCACUGACAGACUGCUUGCCUUACUACUAUGUGAGCAACACAAAAACAGCCUCGUAUCGAGUCAAACAAGACCUGUUUUCGUAUAUCAAAAGCAUUGGCAAUGCCAAAGUAUAUGACAACAAUACCCUAGAGACAUGAGAUAUAUCUGGUAUUGCCAACGACCAGGUUCGGGUCGUUUCUUUGAGUACACACUUGUGGACUGCUGAACCCGUGGUCGAUCCAAAUAGGCAAGUCAUUGCGGCAUUAUUUGGUAACUUGAAGGUAUACAUAACGUUUCCCUGUACAGACAAACUGAUACCAGAGGUACAUCAAACAAUUCUACCCAAGCAAUGCGGUGCAUGCCAGUAAGGCAUGACAAACAAAUUCUACCCAAGCAAUGCUGGUCAUGUCUUACUGACUUGCAAGCAAUACAAUCGUGUCUUCCAAGAUUUCUGGUUACUGAAGGAUGAUUAUCAUCUCAGCACCCGGUGUCCAUCAGCUAACUUCAUGGUCAACGACCUUGAUGAUCCACUCAUCUUUAUUGCUCACUUCAUCCACUUAACAGCUUUCGCCGCCGAUUUCGAACGCAGGUGACGAGUUGGCCUGUUAUCAAUCUGGGAGCAACCUAGGCUUGGCAGAGCAGGUCUGCUUCUACGACGGACAGUAGCUUGGCUUCGCGUUGUGCAUUUCACAAAUGUUAUGGAUGGGCCAUUUGUCGUCUUCAAUGUAAGCCGGAGGAAUUGAGGAGUUGUCUUUGGCUGUUAACUUUACAGUCAAUCGGUUUAAAUUGAUGUAAAUCAAGGAAAUGUCGAUGAGCAACAAACCUGCUUGGUAUCAACCAGCCGUGACAGGUUCUCCUUCAUCAGGCUUGUUGUUUUGCUUUGUCUAUUUUCAGCAGUUCUUCAGAGACAUUUCUUGGUUCUUAACGAAUUGAAUACAUGCGAAGUUAUCUUCUAGUAAAUAUAUCCCGAAGGUUGUUAAUUUUUGAGAGCGUAUAUUGCUUUGGGAGUCCAUUAUGUUUGAAUUGCGUGUAUCUUAUGAACGCUUCAGUGUUGAUAACAACCAAUGAUCCUGUAUCCGCACCUCUUGUAAUAUCAAUACAAUUUUAAUACCUCCUUCUCAUAUCAAGGGCUGGAAUCCAGGCUCAGAUUUUGCGUGUGGAAACGAAUCGCUCAUCAGGCUGACCCCAAACGGACGGAAUAAAUUCAUUUAGUUGGUCAUUAGAUUCGGCGAUCGCUCUCACAUUAAGGAACUCCGCCCUGACACUUGAUGUUCUCUGUCUCCCCUAUACUUCUAUAUUCGUCCAGCUGAAAAAGACACUUUGAUGCGAGCAGCAUUUACUAUGAUGAGUGCUUCUCCACACGUUCCUUUUUAGGUAAUGCUAGAUCUCCCGUGAGUGCUAUUGAGGUCUUGGUCUUCAGCGUCACUUUACCUGACUCUUGUCACAAGCGUGUGUACAUUGCACAUACAUCUGCCAUGUCUGUGUACACUGCCAGCACUGAUUUACUUACAGAGUACUCGUACAUGGGUCGGUUCAAAACCUGACUCCGACUCACUUGUUCUGUCACAACCGCAUGUACAUGUACAUGUACAUCCGUCUUCUAAUGUACUAACUAUGAAGAGUUCGUGGUGAUUUAC